AUGCUUGUGCAUGAAUAAAGUACAUAAAAUGAUUCUGCUGAUUUGAAAUAGUUGACAUAUGAUGAAGCGUUAACGCAAGUUGGAGGUGCUGGAUUAUAUUAAAAAAGAGCAUUUUUAAUAUUUGGAUUGCAGUGGUUGAUUACUAAUUGGAUAUUGUUUUCUCCUGUUUUCUUUUUUAUCGAACCUACGAUUGAUUGUAAGGAUAAUCCUGAAUGUCUGAGCUAAUGUACAUCUGAUUCCUUAGAUGAAAAAUGUCUUACCUAUGUUUGCGAUGACUCUUAACGAAGAGACUUUGUUGUUGGUGAAUCAUUAAAUACAGCCUUUAAUGCUCUAUUACCUUGUAACAAAUCUUUACAAUCCAUAAUUAAAUCUAUUGUUUAUAUUGGAUCCUUGUCUGGAUUUUUUGUAUUCUCCUUUAUAGCUGAUAAUUAUGGCCGUAAGUUGGCAUUAUCUAUUUCUUGGGGUAUGACUACAGUGGGAUCACUGUUGCUUGCAUUUGCCAUGAACUAUUCAAUGAUUGCUAUAGGAAUAUUUUUAUUAGGUUUUGGAGGUAAUCCAGCAAUUACAGUACAUUAUUCAUUUAUUAAUGAACAUUCAUAAGGACAUUUUAGAGAAAUAUAGAAUGUUGGAGUUUAGGUGUUCUUUGCUGUUGGUGAAUUCACUAUAAUAGCUUUGGCAUAUUUUGUGUCUAAGUGGAGGUGGUUGGCCAUUGCAGUUGCUUUGCCUACUGUUUUAUUAAACCUGUGUAACUUUUGGAUUUUUGAAUCUCCUCAAUUUCUAUACUCAAAAAAUAAGAAGAAAUGUGUCAAGAUUCUUAAUUAAAUUGCAAAAAUAAAUGGCACCCAACCCCUAGCUAUGAAUGAUUUGGCUACGAACCCAUAAAGUAAGGAGAACAAUUCCAGAGUUUAUUCAAUCUGGGAUUUAUUGAAAUAUAAAUCUCUUAGAUUUGUAUUUCUAGCUGGAGUGAUGAUGUUCUUUGCAAUCUAAGUUACAUAUUAUGGGAUUAGUUUUGUUAGUGAUUAAUUAGGCCUUGAUUUCUUCUUAAGUAAUUUCAUUAUUGCUUUCUUUGAACUCUUAGCUUAUGCAACAACAGAUUUGUUUAUUACUAAAUUAAAAAGAAAGAAGAACAUUAUAGGAGGAUUCUUUAUUGUAGGAAUUAUGAGUCUCUAUUUCAUCUUCAAAAGUGACCACAUUGUAUUCAGAAUCUUUCAAGGAUUAAUGAGAUUUCUGAUUUGUGUCGUAUGGGCAUUGGCAUAUGUCUAUGUGUCUGAACUGUUUCCUUCAGUUGUGAGAUCUUUAGCUUUGUGUUUGAUAUCUGCUGGGGGUUCAAUUGGUAGCAUAGCUCAAGCUUUUCUAAUAAAUAUUUGUGCUACUCUCAAUAUUCAUCCUAUGGUUGCAUUUGGGUUAAUUGGGGUUUUGUGCUCCUUGCUUUUGUUCCCUUUAAGAGAGACUUUACAUUAACCACUAUUAGAAAAAAUUGAAGAGGAUGAUAAUAGAAUUAGAAAGAGUAUGCUACACAUCAAUGAAUCAGAGGAGAUCACAACAUCUAUUCCUGUUCUUGCUAACAAUGAAGAAUGA